CGGUAGCCCGAGGCAUUCGCAAAGACAAUUGACCUCUUCGUUAACGAACGGUUGCCGACUUUUUAUACUGCGCAGUACAUAGUGUCGUUUUCUGACCCCUGCGCCGUUUCGCGACGCCAAAUCCAACCAAAGGACAGACGAAUUUUCCAUCCCUGGUCGGCGCUGCUCCUCUCGUUCCUGCCUUGCUCCCCAGCGUUUCAAGUUACGACAGCGUCAUCAAACCCCAUCAGCCCCGUUCCCACCGUGCUGUGGUAAACAAAGGCAGCAUUAAAGAGAAGAGCGGAUACGCGCUCACGCCACACAACAUGCCUGCCUCCCUCGAUUCCUCCCGGCCCAUCCUGGCCCCGUCGAACCGCGCCUCAGUCCGGUAUAGCACCUACAGCAUGAACGCGCCGUCCAUCACGCCGACGGUGGUCAGCACCGACAGCGUGACGGCCGAGAUCCGCCCGAUCGUCGACGGGCUCGAGCGGCUCAAGAACCCCCAGCUGGCCAACCAGCGCGUGUUCCUGAACGAGGAGAAGACGGCCAACCUGGCCAAGCUCGCCCUGAGCGCCAAGCUGGAGCGCGCCCUCGGCCGGCGCAUGACGGGCCAGGACGCCGUCAUGCGCCCGCGCAAGCCGUCGGUCGUCGAGAUCACCAACGAGAAGAAGAUGUGAAUUGAGGACAUCUGGGCGGACAAAACGGCAAAACGACACGCAUCUCAAUCGUCACGGGAGGCGGGAGCGACAGCGUCAUCGACAUCGCAGUUCGGCGGACGAAGAGCCGUGUGCCGGAGCUCGCAGAGCCUACGUUCGGGGACAGCAGUCGAAGGGCCAGCCUGCAUAUGGGGGAGGGCUCGUUCCUUGACAACACACUUGGCCUUGCUCUAUUUGUUCCCAUUUUCGCGUUGUUUUAUCGGUCUUGUUUUCCGGAGUGCAUGACGGCGAUUUACACGAGUCACGUUGCAAAUGGUCGGUCGAGGGAGGUGUUUUCAACGUCUAGAGGGAAUACGGGCAGUUGGGGCAGACUGGGGAAGAUGGAUAGGACGCUAGCAGGCGGCAGGUUUCCAUUGCGUAUGUAUGACAGCUGGGAGAGCAUGAUCAUGAGUUUCAGCGGGGGGCUUGAUUGCGGAAUUGCAUUUUAAAGUUCUUUAUCAUGCCGGCAUUCAAUAUUUCUCUAGACAGUUGUGUCGAUACAACCCGGUGUUUUCUCCC